GGGCCCAGUUGGAAGCCGGGAGUCUGCUGGUUCACUUCAUGAAGCUGGAUGUGGCCCUCCCUGCCGGCCUCAGGAGAUGUGAGGUUGGACCCUAAGCCAACAGUCAGACCUGGUCCCAAGCCCUGGCGAGGGAACAUUCCUGAAGUCAAAUCUCAGAGGUGGUGGCGAUGGGCGCCGGUGGCCCCCGGCGCGGUGCGGGGCCCCCAGACGGAGGCUGGGGCUGGGUGGUGCUGGGCGCCUGCUUCGUGGUCACCGGCUUCGCCUACGGUUUUCCCAAGGCCGUGAGCGUCUUCUUCCGUGCCCUCAUGCGCGACUUUGGUGCCGGCUACAGCGACACGGCCUGGGUGUCCUCCAUCAUGCUAGCCAUGCUGUAUGGCACGGGUCCUGUGUCCAGCAUCCUCGUGACCCGCUUUGGCUGUCGCCCGGUGAUGCUGGCGGGCGGGCUGCUGGCUUCGGCGGGCAUGAUCCUGGCUUCCUUCGCCACGCGCCUCCUGGAGCUGUACCUGACGGCGGGGGUGCUCACAGGCCUGGGCCUGGCCCUCAACUUCCAGCCGUCGCUCAUCAUGCUGGGGCUGUACUUCGAGCGCCGGCGGCCCCUGGCCAACGGGCUGGCGGCGGCGGGCAGCCCGGUGUUCCUGUCGGCGCUGUCGCCGCUCGGCCAGCUGCUGCUCGAGCGCUUCGGCUGGCGCGGCGGCUUCCUGCUCUUCGGCGGCCUGCUGCUGCACUGCUGCGCGUGCGGAGCCGUCAUGCGGCCGCCGCCGCCGGGGCCCGGGCCCCGCCUCCGCCCGAGCGCGCGCGGGAGGCGCGGAGCCCGCCCGGGGCCGACGACGGCACGCGCGAGGCGGCCCCCGGGCGGCCGGACGCGCCGGCGCCUGCUGGACGUGGCGGUGUGCGCCGACCGCGCCUUCGUCGUCUACGUGCUCACCAAGUUCCUGAUGGCGCUCGGGCUCUUCGUGCCCGCCAUCCUGCUGGUGAACUACGCCAAGGACGCGGGCGUCCCCGACGCCGAGGCCGCCUUCCUGCUGUCCAUCGUGGGCUUCGUGGACAUCGUGGCCCGGCCGGCGUGCGGCGCCUUGGCCGGCCUGGCGCGCCUGCGGCCCCACGUCCCUUACCUCUUCAGCCUGGCCCUGCUGGCCAACGGGCUCACGGACCUGUGCAGCGCGCGCGCGCGCACCUACGGCACCCUCGUCGCCUUCUGCAUCGCCUUCGGCCUCUCCUAUGGCAUGGUGGGCGCGCUGCAGUUCGAGGUGCUCAUGGCCACCGUGGGCGCACCCCGCUUCCCCAGUGCGCUGGGCCUGGUGCUGCUCGUGGAAGCCGUGGCCGUGCUCAUAGGCCCGCCCUCGGCCGGCCGCCUGGUGGACGCUCUGAAGAACUAUGAAAUCAUUUUCUACCUGGCUGGCUCUGAGGUGGCGCUGGCUGGGAUCUUCAUGGCCGUUGCCACCUACUGCUGCCUGCGCCACUCUAAGGACACCCCAUCGGACCCAGCCGCCGAGGGCGGGGCCAGCGACGCGGAGGAUGCGGAGGCUGAAGGGGACUCUGAGCAGAUGCCUGCCAACACCGACGGGUCUAGUAGCCUCAAGGUUCUGGAGGUGCUGGGUGCCCAGGCCAGGUCCCCAGCACCUGAACCCGAGGUGGAGGCAGAAUCGGUGCUGGGCCGACAGUCGGUGUAGCACACCUGGCAGGUGGUUGGUGGGCUUGGGAGAGUCGUCCCUCACCUCUUAGAGAGCUGCUCACACCUGGCCUGGAGUUGGUCUCAUGGGGGCCCCAGGAUGCCCUUCCAGUCACCAAGCCCUGUCCCCUUGCCACCUACACAAGCACAAACCCAUAAAGCUGAGCCAAAUGACAAA